UGUCGUUCGUGGUGCAAGUUGUGUAAAUAUUUUCGAAAUGGUCAGAAAACUGUAAACUUUGUGUUGGCGUUAGGAAUUCAGCUGAACGGCGAAGACGUCCCGAAACUCGACACAGAAACGGCGCAUCCGCGGUGUGUGAAUCCAGUGCAUUUGGUUAAAUUCCGUGAUAUUUGGUAAAAAGUUUGGAAUUUUAUUUUCUCCGUGUUGUGCAUUUUGUGAGUGAUGUUUGCCAAUGUGGGAGCGUGAAGAAAACCCCAACGAAACAACAACAACAACAAAUUAUCCUGGGUGGGUCCGCCUCUGCAUCCAUCGAAGGUGACGGGGGCGGUGUGUGGAAUGCGGCGCGAGUGAAGCGAGUGUCACGGGGGGGGAAAAAGGGAAAACGUGAAAAUUUGUGUCCAUCCUACUCCGUGGUGUGGCUCGCGGAUUGUGCGUGUUGGUGCGAAAGCGGGCAGCGGGAAAAUCUGCCGCCUACUCUCUUGGGAAAAGUGCUUGUCGGAUUUCAGAUGUCUGGAUAUUUUUAGCGCGCAUGGAGUGAACGAAAGCAUUUCCGCGCACCGAAAAUAGUUUAGUUCGCGAAUAUUUUUGCUACCCACCCACCUCGUCAAGUGGAACACUCCAUCGUUCAAGAGGCGAUCUCUUUGGCGAAGAGGAUUAGCAAGCAACCAGCUGGAUCAGAAAAGGAACAAUAAGCGUACGCACUUAUGGACACGGGAAUGCAUGGUUGCGAAGGGAAGAUGCCACCGGUGCAGACACGCUGGCAGCAGUAGUGCGGACAUUGAAGCGGAUGUUUUCCGCCACAACAUUACUCGUUUGGCCGAUGACGAAAUGAAGACGAUGUGCGCAACGGAAACGGCUGGAACGAAGCCGACGAGGAAGACGCUCCAGUACACGACUCCCUCCAGACACGGUGCUAGAGCAAUCGCCCGCAGCUAAAGGCCACCUUCCCUGGAGACGUCUGUAUUGAGCCCCUUCACAUUUCCCGCCUCCGACAGGCGCGGGAAUCUUUUCUGUGCUCCCACCCUUGUUCCACGCACACUCCAGCCAACCUUUGACACGGGGCGAGUGCACUUUCCGGUGAGGAAAAACAAGACGAGCAUUAAAGGCCUCCAAAAAGAACUGCCAACCAUCAUGAGUCAGAUCAUGCGGAAGGAGUCGUCAAUCGGUGCGAGCGCGAGUGGACAUCGGCACCGUUCGAUCGACAUCGGGGCGGGAAGCGCUGGUACCGGAAGCGAGUCGUCGAUCAUGGAGCUCCACCGGAACAACCCGAGCGGGCCGCCACCCCGCUCGGCACCGCCCAUUACCGGCCGUAUGCCGAUGAUUGAGAAGCCACGCACCAUCAGCGACAGCGAGUCGGAGAUCAACUACGAUCUGUUCAACACGAGCGUUAACUCGGACAGCGGGUCGGCGAUCAUGAACGCGUCCCAGAUCUCGAACACCUCCACCGACUCGACGCACAUCAAGAGUGCCAACCUGAUGCGCUCGCAGAACGGUUCCGGGUCCUGUCGCUUCCCGAAGCUAGAAGAAUGCGCCCACUUCCAUUACGAGCGCGUACAGCUCGGCAAUCUGUCCGUACAGCUCGAGGGGGACGAGCAGCGGAGCGACUCGCAGCUCGGCCUAGCCUCCGACCUCAGCACCUCCCAGACCAACUCGCUAGUGGUGGCCCCGUUCGGCGCGAGGGGUGUUAGUAAUGUGUGGUUUAUCAUUCGCGUGACCGCCGGCCGCUCGGACCCGUUCAUGAUCAAGCGCUCGUACGAGAACAUGUGCUUCCUGGACGAGAUGCUGCACCGGUGCGUGUACGAUCGGCGUGUGAGCGAGCUGGAGAACCUGCGCGACGUAGCGACGCUGCUGGCGGAGGGCGGCGAACGGGUGCCGGAUGAGCAGCAGCAGCUGGAGAAGCUGGUCGGGGCGUACCUGGCGCGCCUCUCGAUGAUCGCCUCGGAUGCGAUGACCUGCGGACCGGUGCUGACGUGGCUGCAGAUCGACAACAAGGGGCGCCGGUUGCCGGUUGCCGAUGAGCAGACGAUGCGGUGCAUCAACACGCCGGCGGUCGGAGCGGCCUAUGGGGUGCGUCGGUACGUGGCCCAAGCGUGCGACGAGAUUUCCAUCGAGGUGGGCGACAUGAUCUCCGUGAUCGACAUGCCGAGCCCGGCCGAGUCGAUUUGGUGGCGCGGCAAGAAGAGCCACCUGCAGAAGAACCAAUACGAGGUGGGCUUCUUCCCGCAGAGCUGCGUGGCCACGAUCGGUGAUAAGGUACCGAGGCAUAUGCCCUUCCCGGCCCCGCUCGUCGGUUCACUGGCAGUGUCUCCGACGAAACCGGUCCUGCGGAAGCACGGCAAGCUGAUUGCGUUCUUCCGCAGCUUCAUCCUUUCGCGACCUUCGAGGCGCCGGCUGAAGCAGAGCGGCAUCUACAAGGAGCGCGUGUUCUCGUGCGACCUUGGCGAACACCUGCUGAACAGUGGCCAGGAUAUCCCGAUGGUGCUGAAGUGUUGCGCGGAGUUCAUCGAGGAGUAUGGCAUCGUGGACGGUAUCUAUCGGCUCUCCGGUAUCACCUCCAACAUUCAGAAGCUUCGUCGCGCGUUUGACGAAGAGCGCAUUCCGGACCUGACACAUCCGGACAUCCGGCAGGACAUUCACGCGGUCAGCUCGCUGCUAAAGAUGUACUUCCGCGAGCUACCGAACCCGCUCUGCACGUACCAACUGUACGAUCACUUUGUCGAUGCGAUCCAAACGCGUCCGGAAGCACCGACCGAUCUGAAGUUACGCCUCAUCCGGCAGACGGUGCAGAAGCUGCCCCCUCCGCACUACCGCACGCUGAAGUACCUGGCGACACAUCUGUUCAAGAUAGCGCGCCACUCGGCCAACACCGGCAUGACGGAGCGUAACAUUGCGAUCGUGUGGGCACCGAAUCUGCUCCGCAGCCCGGCGCUGGAAUCGGGCGGAGUGGCCGCACUGCGCGGAGUCGGUGUGCAAGCGGUCGUGACCGAGUACUUGAUCAGCAACUGCGAGCAAAUCUUCGACGACACGGCCGACGACUUCGGCAGUCACUACGUGGAGUCGCAGCCGAACUCGCUGAGUGAUAGCAACAGUGUGCAGAACUAUGGUGCUGGAGGAAUUGGAACCGGAAUCGGCGAACCGUCAGAUCUUUCACUCUCGAUGGAACGUCCGAAAAGCUUGAGCGUCGGGGGAGCGAAGCUGCUCAGCCUUGAGGAGGCACGCAUUCGACGGAACGUUAUGGACCAGAGCGAGAAGAUUCCGAUACCGGGACAAAUCGGCAACAACACGUCGACGCACAUCGGAUCGUACAUCGAGGUGGGAGGUGGCCCGUCCAGCCUGCCGGACAAGUAUCACACGGUGCUACCGGUACCUAGAAGCUGGAACAAACGAAAAUCGCAUUCCUCGUGGAAGUCUAUCUUCACCCGACAGCCACGACAGUCGAACAGUAACAGCGACAUCAAGGGAGGUAUGGCUUCAACGGCGGACAAGGGUGCCCCGAUGGCCCCACCACCACUGCCCUCGAACGGUACGUGCCCGAGCUUGGCAGAAGCGGACGGGAAAGAUGCGGACGAUCAUCGCCAUAGUGUCAGUAUUAAGGAAAGCUCCAGCGGUUUGCUGGACAAGAUGGCAAAAAGUCUUAUCUUUGCCUCCGGUCUUGAUCUAUUCGAUGGUAAAAAUUUAGCCAUUGACAACAAUUGCGUACGGUCGAAUUCGGUCGAUAGCUUAAGGACUGCGGGCCACAGUCGGUCUGUUUCGCACGAUUCGUACUUCGAUCUACUACAAUCACCGAUACGCGCCGGUACUGGUAAUGGAACGGUCAGUGGUGGUGGUGUUGUAACCUGCCCUUCGCGCGAGCUGUCCGAAUUGGGGCUAAAUUUUGAUCGUGAAGAACCGGAGAUGAGAAUAUUAUCCGAAAGCGAGAGUCUCGUGAGCAGCCCAAAGGUUGCCAAGGAGUCCGUUCGACGUACAUUAAGAGCCCGGCCGGAAGAUUACAUCGGUAGCGGUAACAGCGUGAAUCCUAGCCCGAAGAAACAGCCAAGGCUCAAUAUUCCCAACUCUACGGCGCAGCAGUCGGAAGCGAACAGUGGCAAGCAGUGGCAAAAUAGUACCAUGAUCACCUCGUCCAACAUCGAUGCUCUUGGGCAGGACGACGAAAGCCUCUGCAAACGCUACAAACUGGAGGACCAGCUAAGCGACAUCCAGUUCAUCGACUGCAAUACACCCGAGCAUACGGCCGGUGGGAUGAACGGAGGCGGGGCCGGCAGUGGUUCAACCACGUCCAGCACGAUGGUAAACACCAUCUUCACCAGUGCCCAGGUGCACAAACCACCGCAACUGGACGAUUCCGCCGACGAGCAGGAACACGAUGGCGAGGAAACGGCUACGGUUGAACUGGUUGGCUUGAGGAACUCGUAUCCUGGACCUCAGUAUGCGGCGUACGGUAAAACGUACGAUUCGUCGCCAAUCAGGGAGACCCGCUUCAGCUACCCCGGUACCGGCCAGUCGGCCGGAAAGGGCAAGGACAAGACAACCGGCGGCACGAAAGUUCAAUCGAUGAACGUUGACGAACACGCCCAACAGUCGGCGGCCUCGGAAGCAUCGGUCUUGAAGAAAAACGAAAGUUCGCUAUACGAGAGUUUUCUGCUUUCCUCCGGUCAAUCGAAACCUCCGAAAUAUCCUGGCCGUUACAGCUACCACCAGCCUGCCGCAACGGCCGAAGUCCGGAACGGAGGUGCCGGUGGUGGCGUUGGCACUAGUGGAGGUGCUGAUGGCCUCUCUGUUGCCAGUACGGAUCCGUCAUCCGUGCCACGUAGCUGUUCGGAGAAUGUACUUCGCCGAACGGUUCCCGAACUGUUUCCCAAUCCUCACCACCAUCACCAUCAUCACCAUCAUCAUCAUCAGCAGCAACAGCCGCAGCAAACCCAUCCCCAUCACCAUCAUCAUCAUCACCAUCAAAGCUCGAAGCAGAUGACGGCAUCGUCGGCAUCAUCCACGAAGCUUACCGGGGCCGGCACCCCUCAGUCACCUCCUGUUCCGAGUCCAUGCUACUCGUUGCUGAUCGGAUCGACCAGCUCCGACACGACGAGCACCAGCAACGCCAACACACCAGUAUACGACGAGAUGGACAUUGCAGGCGCAAUCGCCGAGCACCUCGAAAAGCAGCAGCAGAAUGCCAAAGAUACCCCCACGUCGGUCGAGGAUUCUUCCACCCAUCCGCCAUCCGUCACCAAAAGCAAGAAGGCUGGGCACGAUUUGAAAGCACUGAAACGGGAACUUUCGCUUGACCUGAGCGGAACGUCCAAGUUGACCGGAUCGACGAACUUCACCUCCGACAAUACGACCACCAACACCACCAACACUAGUCAGUCGUUGACGCCGAGUGACUUCGGCUACCAGAACCUAAACCCGGACCUCUCACCGAACGGUGCUGUUGGUGUUGGGACGACCGAGCCUGCUACUGCUCCGGUAGAGAUGGCCACCUUCGGCCAGAAAGCCAAACCGGGUACUCCGAUCAAAGCGACGAUAAACAUCACAUACAACGUGCGUUCACCGGUGCGCAAGGAACAAGAGGGCAAUCUAUUCCGAUCGACCCCGACGACGCCGGAGAAGAAACCGGAAACACCGUUGGAGUUGAUCGCGGAGGAAGAGUAUCAGCGCGAGCGACGCAGUAUCUAUGAGAAUGUGCUCGUGCCGGAGAUCACCCCGGACGGUGAGCUGCGGCAAAAAGAGGAGCAAGCGCUGCAAGAGGAUAUAUCGCCCGCCUCAAAGCGUCUGCUGGAGACAAACUUUGACGAGACGAUGGUGUACGAGCAGGUAAAAUUCCUCAAAAAUGUCGUUUCGGAAGUGAACAGCCUAGUGCAGAGCGAAACGACGGCGGCCACCUCCGACGAGGACACGGCGCCAUUACGGCGCAUCGUACCUGAUGUGGGCUCCCCGCGAAAAGCACCGAAAGAGGCAGCCUCUACGGAAGAGGAGGAUGGCAUUAAUAACAACCACGAUCGUGCCACCAGCAGUGACUUGUUGGUGGAAGUGGCUCCGAUGGCCGUUGCAACCGAGGAGGAAAGCGACGACGUGCCAAUGUCGGACGUGAACGAGGACAGUCUCGAGUUCGACAACACGGACUUAUCGCUGUACGAAAAUGUGGAGCUGCGGAAGAAACCUUCCUACCCGGUGUAUGAAAACAUCGAGCAGCAGAAACAGCAGCGCCGUCGGCAGCGUAUCGCGGAAGAUGGUGAAACACAUUCGGCUCCAAUCAUCAACACCUGCACCAACCCUAUGGACACGUUGAAGUCCACGCUAACGGAUGACGAAUUUUCUUCGCUGUGCGCGGACCGGAGCGAUCUGGACAAUGAGAUGGAGUAUCGGAUCGAAAUCCCACCGAAGAUCGAACUCAAAGCGUCUCCCUCUGUUGGGCCCCACGAGGACAUCGUAGUUAGUGUGAAGCAACUGGCGACAAAGUUUGAAACGAGUCCGGUGGACGUGACGCCUCCGUUCGAUUUCGGUGCGAACCGCACUCAAAACCACCACUUCCGAUCGUCACUGAACAAUGGCAACUAUGGGAACGAUCGGGUUACCAUCCGAAACAAGCCCGCCAAUGCGUCCUCCGGUGUGCCGGGAAGUGGUCGUGGUGCUGGAAAGGAGGACCAUCGAAAUGCUUUCGCCAGCUUCACGCGCAGUCUGGAUGAGAAUGCGUUCGUACGGGAGUUUGGCAGUGGCCGUCGGUUGGAAGACGGUGGUGGUGGUGGAGGUGGUGGAAUAGCGGUAGACGGAUUCAACAAGAGCAUCCAACAGAUCCCGGAGGUGGAAAAGAACAUUCUUAACGAGAACAACCCGAACCGGCGGAAGUCACUGGAACUUUCGUCCGGCGCGGCCCGGCCGCGGAGUCUAAAUCAACCAAAGAAAUUGCCCCCACUCGUUGGUGGUGGUGGUGGUGGUGGUGCCCCAAUCCCGACCGGAGUGGAGAAUGUCGAGGUCAACGGUGCCAAUGAGUGUGUGCUCGACGGAGUCGGGAAACCGUCGGCCGAAUGUUGCCGUGCGAAAACGACGGGAAUGCCAGGAGGAAUCGGUUCCAUGGCAACAGGGCCCGCGGGGGGACAUAUGAAGUUAGAUCUCUCGAUGAAAAUUGAAGACACCAAAGAGGCGCGUGCGUACAACGUGCGCAUUACACCGACGACCGAGAACCGGAUAUCGCUCGUGCAGUACAACUACGCCGAGGACGGUAACCAGGGCAACCAGCAGGACGCCUCCUCACCGAACGAGAACGCCUCCAACAAUACCGCCGGAACACCGGUACUGAUUCGUGCACUCGGUCGGAAAGGUGGCGACCUUGGAUCCGAUGAUGAUCGGAACAGUAUUUCGGGCCUGAAAAUGCUCGGCAGCUGCAAGCUGGAUCGUUCGCGGAUCGAGAAGAUCAAGGAAGAGCGACGGCAUCAGCUCAGCGAGAAGUAUCGCUCGGAGUCGUUCAAGGGCGAACGGGACUACGGUGGGGGUGGAAAUGGUAAGCUAAAAUCAAAAUCCAAAUCUGAACUCCGUGAGUUCAAAGAGGGUGACCUGGUGGCCGACCGGGCGGAGAAGAAGUACGACUCGCUACGUUUCCGUUCCAAAUCGCGCGCCGAGCUGCUCUCGUCCGAUGGUCCAUUCAAAAUGGAAGCGACCCCAACGGCGGGUAUGCUCGGUUCGGUAUCCCUUACGGCAGUCAACAAUCAGCAGCAACCCGGCUUACGUCCGGCCGUGACCUCCCGUACGCGCCGUAUCAGUGACGAAAAGAAUCAAAACGAUAUUCCGGCUGUGACCACCACCACCAACAUUACCACACCGACGGUAGCAGGAACUACUGCCGCCGCAGGCCCCAUUAGUGACGCCUCGAUAUCGCAAGUAUGCGACAAUAAAUUCGAGUUGAAAACACGCCAAAAGUUUGACGUCAAGCGAAGCAGCAUGGACUAUCCGGCGGGCUCACAGGAGAAGGACGGCAACGCACCGCCACCACCGCGGGAGCGACACAGCUUCAACAAUGGUGGAAAGAGCGUGAUCGUCACACGAAGCAAUUCCUCUAGCGGCGCCGCACAGCGCGAUCGCUGUUCACCGCCAAUCUCCAUCAAGGACGUAGCAGCAAUGUUCGAAUCCCGAUCGCAACAGAACCAAUCUUAACCGCAACAAACGGGUGACCAACGAGCAUGCGGCCCCCAUAAUGCACUACUGAUUAUACACCUUCGCCCGCGGAGCAGGACGGGCGGAUUCCAAAUCGACUAUUUAUUGCAAUACUCUACUUACUUCCCCGGUGUUUACAAGUUGCACAGAGAUUUGUAAAAGGGACAGCCACUACUACCCCUGUACCUCAGGCGUCCUAUGCACCAGUAUCGGCCGUGCAUCGGAGAAAAUCGGAAAACUACGCAAUUGAUUCGAGUAGUUAAAAGUUCGUAUCGACCGUUUCAUGUUAGACUCUUGUGUGCUUUUCGCCGAAUUCAACCAGAAAGUGGCCAAAACUAGGAAACCAACUGAAUUUGAAACUUUUUACUCUUAUACUGUUCCAACAUUUUUUGAACGGCGUACUGGGAUCAGGUUAGAUAAAAUUAAAUUGCAUCAGUCCUAUAUUACUACACUACAUAUAACGCCCAGAAGAGCAAAAAACUACUUCAAACCCUAUAUGAUAGUACGGUGGCUUUUGCUGGAACGGUACGAAUGACAGUCAUACUGCUAAAGAUAAUUGACGCUUGGAGCUUAAUACGAAAAAAUGCACCCCUUUCUGUGGUGCAGUGGCUCGAUUGCGUUGCCUUUAAGUUAAUGCGAGCCCAUGGACAUAGUGAAAGUGUGCUGUAAAUAUAUAUUUUAUAUUAUUCUUAUUAUACGUAUAUGCCACGUGAGUGCAGUGAUUAACACCACGUGCAUGCAGCAAGAUACAUUAUUUCAUUGAACGUAGCAUAUAAGUUCGCCUUUUUGUCGGCUAAGAAACAAGCAAAGCAUUUUCGAAAAUAAUCGACAUUUUCGAAAGCAUCGAUGUUUUUUGUUUUGUGCAAAUGAAAAUGUGUGCAGUUUUUUUUUUCCUCUAUUGAGAUAAGUACAUGACGUGUUGGUUUUAUUGUUUUAUCUUUUUCGUUUGCGAAUUUCUUUACUGACUUUUAUAAAAUUGAGUUUGGUAUGAAACAUAUUUACGUACAGCUGCGCGACGUUAAUUUUGUAUAGUUAUUGACGGGAGAAAAAGAAGGGUUAUUAGUUUGAAUGACUUUCAUUGUUGGUAGUCCAUGUUUGUAAUUCGGUUAGAACAUUAUUGCAUUCGGAAAACGAUAAUUUACUUCGUUGAAAAGAGCAAAUUUAAAUGAUUACGUUGGCGUUCUGUUACGAUUACUUUUAGAAAUGAUGUGCUAUUUUCUUUGUAAAUGUUCCACAGGCAAUUUCAUCCAGGUGUAGGAAUUACAAUGUUCGUAUAAGAGAGAAAGUAAAAGGAAAACUAAAAGCAACAUAUAAGAUUUCAAGUGUUAAAGGACGGGAUAUAGGAGCAAGCCGGAAUCGUAAGAGGGUGUGCGAGUUUGCGAGAGACAAUAAGCAUUAAAACGAGGGAAAAAUAGUAGCGAGGCGAAUCCAUAAAUCGAUCGGAGUAUUUUCCGCACGGCCAGCGGAACAGAAAUAACUGCUCCGAGCGGUAGCUCGUUCAUGACUUUUAAAUCCUCUUCCAAUGAAUUUGUAAUUUGUUCGAAGUUCCACAAUUUUGUAAAGAUAUUUUGUAAGACCAUUGAUACGUUCUGUGUUCCAAUAUUGAACGGGGGCGAUUGUGAGCUUGUAGUUGAAUGGCUUUGUAAGAUUAGUAUAAGAAUUUUACAGAUCGAAAAAAACAGUAGCUUCCUACAUUAACCGCGCUCCUAUUGCCAGCUACAGUCUCAGCAGUUUUGCACUACCAUUCUCUCUAUCUUCCAUUUCUAAAUCCGAGUCCGAUUCUUUCCCGACGUAGUUCCGUCUUUUUCGCUAACAUUGAUUUCAUCUUCGACUGCUUUAAACAUCACACUGGUUAUAGAAUUUCUCUUUCUCGCUUGUAAUGUAAAUAAGUGUCGCUGGAGGAAGAACUGAUAUUAUGUGCAGUAUGCUGCAAGAUAGAAACGCUACGGAAACCCUUUCCCCCCCUUAUUAAUCCCGAUAUUUAUGUCCAACAUUCGCUAUAGCAGAUUGAAACAAACCGCGCCAACAACGCAUUGUGCUUCUUAGAAUACGUAUUAAACAUAGUUUUCCCGCCCCUUAAUAGUAUAACUACUGAAUUCCCGCGGACAUAAGUAACACAAGACUAAUCCAAUAGAAUAAUUGCUUGAAUAAAAUCGAACAUAUAUGUUUGCAUAGCGUUAGAAGCGCGUAGAAUCUUAUUCAACACUGAGGAACUGAAAGUAUGCUAUGGAACAACGCAGAAAAACAAACACACUUGGCUACACACUAAUUGAUUUUAACGAACUGAUAUUUAAAAUAAAAAGCCCCCCCAGAAUAUAGACAAAUGAAAAUAUGAGAGUUAAAACAUAUUUAUAACACACGCGCGUGCGUGUGACGAUCGUGUUUCUUACGGUGGCAUUCCCUAACACCGAUCAAUUCGUGCUGAUUUAUGCUACUCCUCUUACGUACGUGGUUCUUGUCUGCUCUCUCUUAGGACUAUUGUUUUGCAAUCGAUCAUCUUCGGAACCGAUUUCCAGGGCAAAGGAAUAGAUGAUAGAAUGGAGUAUUUGCUAACUUCGCGAAAAGAAACGUUGAUAACAGUGGGAUGGUGUAAAAUUAGUAAAAACCUAGAAGAGUGUUCCAAGGCAGGGACGGAAACGUAGAAUGCGUAACCAGACGGAGAGUUGGCAAGACGUUGGGAAAUUAAACAAUAGUUAAACGUUUGCUUUUUUCUCGGCGGCAUAUUUUCAAAAGUACGCCCAACAAACAAAACACCUUUUGCAAGAGUUAUAAAUAAAGAAGUAAAUUGA